AUGCCUAGGUGGAAGUGUGGAGUAACAAAAAUCGACAGGGUCAAGAAUGAAAGAAUAAGAGGAACUACUCAAUACGCCGAACUAUCAAAGAAGGACCAGGAAAGAAGACUGCAGUGGUAUCAGUGGUAUGGCCACGAGAUGAGAGGGGAUGAAACAUAUGUAGGGAGGGAUAGUGUGCAGACGGAGGUGCCUCCUGGUGGGAGAGCGAGAGAGGACCGAGAAGCGAAGGUCAUCCGUCGUAAGCUCCUCUUGGUGCUCCUCGAGAAGUUAACUGAUGUCGUCCACAUCAACGACCAGCCCCAUGGACUUGCUGAGUGCAACGAUCUCGUCAAGAUCUGGUUGCGAAACAGUUUCAGGAUAAUCCACUGUUUCUGA